GUUAUGCUCUAACAGACAAAAUGGAAACUAAUGUCCUGGUAUGACGUAUGCCAGGGCCUUGCUGCCAUAUAAAGGCGCCUUUUCCCCUGCGACACUUAGUGCAAUCUAACCACCGACAUCAUGGCCGCCGAAAUUCCAUCUUUCCAGCCUUAUAUCCUCACCCCUUUGGACCACCUAGUCCCGCCAUCUCAUGCGCUCUUCUAUCUGUCUUUCCAACCUAAACAUCCCUCUGAGGCAAUUACCGCCAUACGCAUGGGCAUUGCGCACUUGGUAUCCCAAUGGCCUUUCCUAGCCGGUAACGUUGCCCGGAUCCAGAAAGGAGAUAAGAGAAAUAUCUCAGAGCUCCAGCCGCCCACAGCAUUCGAUCUUCUUCGAUAUCCCAUCUUACAGGUCAAGCAUCACCAACAGUCCAUCUCGCAUGCAAUGUCCCGACCUGUCAUCAAUGAUGAACUCCUACAUAUUCCGACAAAAGUUCCCAUUACCUACCCCAUCCCUGCCGUGCGAUUUCAAGCCAAUAUCAUGCAAGACGGGAUUGUCCUGUGCCUCGGCUGGCAUCAUCAGGUGAUGGAUGCGGUGGGUGUCUCCAUACUCUUGGGAUCUCUGUCUCGAUGUUGCCGGGGGCUGGAUCAAAAGAACGCCUUGCCUAGGUGGCUUCCGACGGAUACCAAGCAUGAGGGGCGCUCCCGGAGGCAAAUUGAACAAGCCACAACCCCCAACAGAGCUGUCCGGGAAGGGGCAUAUCAUAGAAUAGGCUGCGAAGAAAUCUGGAAAGGCUCUUCCGAGCCACUCGUCUGUCGUCGGUAUGCUAUGCAGACGGAUAAAGUCAACUAUCUCAAGGAUUCAUGCAACAAACUUAUCCAUGACCUCGCUAGGGGUGCAGAAACACGGGAGAAACUAUCCGAUGGUUUUAUGAAAGUUCUAAACGAAAAUGAUCACGUGUCCAGUGACGAUGUGGUUACUGCUCUAACAUGGCUCUGCGUAUCCCGCGCACAUCGCCGAGUGGUAUCACGGCAUUCCUCCGAACUGCCGCGCAUGUCCUCUCUGACCAGGCUUGUGGAGGCUCGCACGAUCCUUCAGCCCCCUCUUCCAAGGAGUUACCUGGGGAAUAGCCUCGUGGCUGCGAGAACCCAGUGCGACUGGGACGAGAUUCCUGCUUCACAGAAAGGCCAUCACAUUGCCCGGAAAGGGGGACAAGUGGACGAGGAAAUAAUCAAUGCACUCUUGAAGCUGGCUCUCAGAUCUCGGGCAAAAUGCAAUUCUAUUGAUGACGAGCACAUCCGUGGCUUGAUAAACCGUAUGAAGAAUUGCGAUGAUUACACUUCAUUAUCGAUUGCUCCUGGUAUUACCAACAUUUCUAGCCUCCGAAAACUGGAUCUAUUUGGGUGGGACUGGGGUUCAAAGAUGGGUCCGAUGGUGGAUUUUGACACUCUCGACGGCCGGACGGAUGGUCUAUGCCUAAUCCUACCCAGCAGGUCUGCAAAUCCAGGGCAAAGCAUUUGGGAAAUCCGCAUUACAUUAUCGUCAGCGGUCAUGGAAGAGUUCGAGAGAGAUGCACUGCUUGGUUGGGUUACAGAAACUGGGAAGCCGAGCGUUCAAGCUAUGAUGUAACUGACGGUAAGGUGCACCCUAGCUUGGAUAUAGGUGAAAGCCGAUGGUCCUUCAUGAGCCGAGUCUAAUUGGGUUUCUACGGAC